GAUGACGAACGAUAGAGAGAUGACGACGAGGAGAGUUGGUUUUUGCGCGUCAAACAAGACGGAAGUGUUUUGAGGUCUUGCGUCAUAGUCGGAUGCAAGGUCAAGUCGAGUACCAUAGACGGGUGCUAAAAGUCGUGUGUCAAAGUCGGACACUUAAAGUCGAACGCCAAAGUCGGCCGCGAAAAGUCGAAGCGUCAUAGACGGACGCCAAAGUUGAGCCGAACCAAACGUCGAUUGUCAUUUCACAUAGUGUAAUCUCUAUAAAGUCGUAUUUUCAUGUAAACCCCCUAGACUAUAAUUAUAUCGUUAAAUAAAACCCCACAUAUUUUGGGUGCUCGUCCGGGAUAGAUUCGAGUAAGAGUGGCGCUCAUCCGGUUACAAAGAGUUUUCCCCACAUAUUUUGUCGUGAUAGAAAGAGUGCGGGAUACAAGAGAACACCCCACAUACAUUUUUUGUGCGUUCGUGCGGGAGAAGAGUGAAAAAAAAAGUGAUUUUUUUUCUUUAACAAUCGUGUUGUGUUAAGUCGGUCCUGCUCUGCUAAUGGUGAAAUUAAAACAUUAACUAUGUCGUGUCUAAAUGAUUUAAUAAGUGGUACUCUGAAAACGGGUAAAGUAGACGGUAUCAGAGCAUUGCAUAAAUUUAUCUAUGAGAGCGAGGGAGAUAGAAAUAACCGCAAAAGAAUUCGAGAAUUUUCUGGUUUCGAUUACGAUGAAGCGAAGGCAAAAUACAAAGCAAAAGCGGAAUAUGUACGACGAAAUUUGACGAACGGUGAUCUUGUUUCGAUUUGCAAUGUAUUGGGAAUCAAGUACAGUGUCGACGACCUUGCAUUGCAUAUUUUCACGAAUUUGAAGAUGAACAAUUUGUUGGCAUCACAAGACGAAGACGAAUUAGACGACGAAGUAGAUGAUGAAAUAGACGACGAGACAGAUCAUGAGUCGGUAGCUACAGAGAGGAACGUAGCAACAGAGAAUAAUUUGAGGAACAUACCGCACGAGAGAGCAAGCGAGAACAACAACGAUGAGUACAGAAGAAUAAACGAAGAGAGAGAUAGAAUGAUGACGCCGCGUUUUGCCAUUAGUUUUCGCGACGUGGAAGAGAACAUUCGUAUUUUUGACGGCACUAACACUAUUGCAGUAGAAGUUUGGAUUAACGAAUUCAAUGAGCAAGCAACGUUGAUGUGUUGGAACGAUUUCCAGAAGUUUCUGUUCGCGAAGAAGGCGUUAAAAGGUAUCGCGAAACUGUUUGUCUUGAGUGAGAGAGGAAUAAAUUCAUGGAACUCCCUCGAAAAAGCACUUUUGAGUGAAUUCAAAUCGUGCGUGAGUAGUAAAGACAUACAUGAGCAACUGAUGAAAAUGAAGCGUAAAAACAAUGAGUGCGUUUAUGAGUAUUUUUACAGAAUGAAAGAUGUAGCUUCACGUGGACAAAUUAAAGACGAUUCAUUAAUAGAAUAUUUAAUUGACGGCAUUGAUGAAAAAAGUGAGAAUAAGUCGAUUUUAUAUGGUGCGAAAAAUUUGAUUGAGUUUAAAGAGAAAUUAAAGCAGUAUAAAAUAAUGAGUGAAAAAGAAAGUAAGAAUGGUAAAUACAAAAACGAUGAGAACAGUGCAAGAGUGAAAAACAAAAUGAUGAAAACUUAUAAUAAAGACGAUGUUGUGUGUUACAACUGUGGCGAUAAAGGACAUUACUCAAAAGAUUGUGAUGAUAAAGGGAAAGGUAGAAAGUGCUACAAAUGUAAUGAAUUUGGUCAUAUAGCUAAAAAUUGUAAUAAAAGAGAAAUGAACGGUAAAAUUGAACCGAACACAAGAAAUUUAACGUCGAAAGAAGAAAUAACCUGUAAAGUUAUUAAAAUUGACAAUAUUGAGUGUAAAGCAUUGUUCGACACCGGAAGUAAAUUUUGUAUCAUUCGCGAAGAUUUGUAUAAACGUUUGAAACAACCCGAGUUGAGUAGCUUUGACGGGUUUCUAAUUGGAUUCGGUGGCGGAGAAUCAAAUAAGAUAAAACCAAUUGGACACUUCGUGAAUUCCAUUUUGAUUGACGACCAAUCGUUCGUGUUAGAUUUUCAUGUAGUUCCGAUUAGAUUGUUAGAUGUCGAAAUGAUCAUAGGCGAGGAAUUAUGUUUGCAAGCUGACAUUAUUUUUAGCCGAAAUGGUGUAAGAGUAGAAAAGUUCGAAAAAGAAAGUGAUGAAAUAAAAAUUCUAAAAAUUUAUGUCGCGAAUAAUAAAGAUGAACUUAAUAUAGACGAAUGUGCAAGCACAAGUGCUAAAAAAGAGGUAUUCGAUUUGAUAUCUAAUUAUCAACCGGUAGCAACAAAGACAACAAAUGUAGAAAUGCGAAUAAUUUUAAACGAUGACAGUCCGAUAUUUGCGCGACCCCGUAGACUUGCAUUUAAAGAGGCAGAGUUCAUGAACGAGAAAGUCGAAGAAUGGUUGGCUGAAGGCAUAAUUGAAGAGUCAACGUCCGAAUACACAAGUCCGGUGGUACUUGUGAAGAAGCAUGACGAUUCCUACCGGCUAUGUGUCGAUUUUCGUAAAAUAAACAAGUUGCAGAAUCUAGUCGAAAGUAUACGUCGUUUGUGACCCACUGUGGUCAGUACCAAUUCAAGAGGGUUCCGUUUGGAUUUACUAAUUCACCUGGAGUAUUCCAAAGACAUGUAAAUGCAAUAUUUCGACAUUUAUCCAAGAGAGGCAUUGCGCUGCCAUACGUAGACGAUGUUAUCAUCUUGGCCAGAGAUGAAGAGGAAGCUGUUAAGAAUCUAAAAGAGGUAAUCGUAACCUGCGAAGAGUAUGGUUUAGAGUUAAACCUGAAGAAGUGUCAUUUUUUAAAGAAAGGAAUACAAUUUUUGGGGCACAUUGUCGAGAAUAAGAAGAUAUAUCCAUCUACAGAUAAAAUUGAGGCUGUUGCAAAGUUUAAAAUGCCUCAAACCGUAAAGCAAGUUCAAAGUUUCUUAGGUUUGACGGGUUAUUUGAGAAAGUUUAUUCCAAACUAUGCGUGUAUACCGAAGACUCUGACCGACUCUGACUAGUCGUACCAAUCUGAAGUCCAUACUGAUGCAUCCAUUGAAGGCUUUGGAGCAGUUUUACUACAAAGAUAUCCAGAAGACGGUGAACUCCAUCCCGCAUACUGUAUGAGUCGAAAAACCACAGACGCACAGCGAAAGUAUAGCAGCUACGAAUUAAAGAUUCUCGCAGUCAUAACAGCGUUAGAAAAGUUUAGAGUUUAUCUUUUGGGCAUGCAUUUUAAGCUAAUCACGGAUUGCGACGCAUUUACAAAGACGCUGGAGAAGAAGAGCCUUUGUACCAGGGUAGCUCGUUGGGUACUUUUUCUUCAAGAAUACGAUUUUGACGUUUUACACCGUUCAGGUACCCGUAUGAGACAUGUCGACGCCCUCAGCAGAUAUCCAAUUAUGCAAAUUAACGACUAUGGAAUCAGCGUUGGCAUAAAGAAGGCACAGUCACAAGAUGAGAAAAUAAGAGCCAUCAUAGAAGUUCUGAAAGACAAUUCGAAAACUUAUGAUGAUUAUUUUCUGAAAGCCGAUAUCCUGUACAAAUUAGUCAAUGACGUUGAUUUAAUUGUUGUCCCAAACGCGAUGCAGAAGCAGAUUAUUGGUCAGGCACAUAACAGAGGACAUUUCGGGGCAAAGAAGACGAAAGACCUGAUUUGCAGAGAAUACUUUAUACCGCAUCUCGAGGAAAAAAUCCAAAAAUAUAUCGAAUGCUGUAUUCCUU